CUCCUUUUGCCUUGUCUUUUUUAACUUGUUCCUUCUAGGGUUUGUCAUUUUAAUAUCAUCAUUCAUACAGUCACGUGAAUCUCUCUCAGCUCCUUCUAUGAUCUCUUCCUUUAUGGUCUCUUUAAAUCUGAUUUCCUUCUCAAAUUAUCAGACCAUUUUCCACUUUUCUUGCAUACUUUUUAGGUUUUACUUAUUUCAUAGCUUACCACCACCAGCACCUAUCUAUAUAGAUCUUUCUACUGGACAAUAACUAAACCCUUCAGUUCUUUCUUUUAUCACUUUUCUCUCUCACUCCCUCUCCCUGCUCUCUGCUCUCUCUCUCUCUCUCUCUCUAGAUCUCUCUAAUGACUCCAAUUUACUCCAAUUCAACACUCUCUCCUUUUCCUACUACUGUUGAGAGCAGUACUAUUACUGAUCAUGAUCAUCGUGAUCUUGACCAAGUAAUUCAGCAGCAUCACCACCAUUAUCAUCAACACUUGCUCUUUAGUUCAACAUCACCAACUUCUUCUUCUUCACUCACAUCCUUUCCUACAAUUUUCUUUAAUAACCCAAUUCAAGAUCAUGUAGGGAAUUUUGGUAGAGAUCAUGAAGAUCAUCAACUUGAGGUUAUGAACAAGUAUGUAUUGCAUGGUGGAUCGUCCUCGAAUGAUCAUCAGCCCCAUCAAUUCUUUCCAUCUCAUGAUGAUUCAUCACAUCCAACUCUGGAAAGCACUACUACUUCCACUACUAUGGUUGAUCACCAAGAAACUAAUAACUAUGGUAGUGGUCUUAAAUUAUCCAUUUAUGAACAAGAAGAAGAAGAAGUAGUUGAUGAAGAAGAAGAGGAUAACAAGGAUCAUGAUGAUAACGACUACAAACAUAUCGAGAUCGGAUCAUCUGUUAAGUGGAUGUCUUCUAAAAUGAGGCUAAUGAAGAAAAUGAUGAACAAACCUAAUAAGUUUGAUCAGUCAUCAGCUUAUUCUCCACCUUCUAACAAAGACAACAACAACAAUACCAUUAGGGUCUGUGCUGAUUGUAACACAACAAAAACUCCUCUCUGGAGAAGUGGACCAAUAGGUCCCAAGUCACUAUGCAACGCUUGCGGAAUUCGGCAAAGAAAAGCAAGGCGAGCAAUGGCAGCUGCAACAAAUGAUGAUAAGGUAGUUGUUGUUGCAAAUGAUCGCAAAGAAACGAUCUCGUCAUCUGCUCCGAAGAAUAAUAAGAUCAAGAUCAAGAACUCGUCGACGGCCAGUGUGACGACAGCAAUACCAGCAGCAACUACGACAACUGAAAGCGGCACAAAUAAUAGCAUGAUGCCAUACAAGAAAAGGUGCAAAAUUGUUGGACCAAGUAGUAACUACGAUAAUAAUAAUAAUAAUAGUAGGAAGAAGUUAUGCUUUGAGGAUUUCACAAUAAGUUUGAUGAGCAAUUCAUCUCUUGAUCAUCAACAAGUUUUCCCACAAGAUGAAAAGGAAGCUGCAAUUCUACUAAUGGCACUCUCUUAUGGUCUUGUUCAUGGUUGAUGAUCCAUGAAUGAAUCCAUCAUUAAUAUAAUUAUUAAUUGUCGUUUAAUUUUAAUCUUUUAGGAAUAAUUUUUGGUUAUCUGUUUUCUUAAUUAAAAUAAUUAUUUAGCUAAUUGAAGCUAUAUAUAUAAUUGUAGAAGCAUAUGUAGUGUGUGUGAUGAGUGUAUUUUGUAGUAAGAGGGAGUGAUUAUCAAGUUUGAGUAUGGGGAAUCCUUGAAACCAAGAAAUUUGAGGAUUUCUAUUUUAUUAAUAAGAAAAUAAAUGAAAGCUUUUUGGUGAA